GAACACGACCACACAUACUUUACCCUGGUUGGUCCACGGUCCUGGCAGCGCUUGCCCAACGAGGAUGUCAGGUUCAAAACCUUGAAGGGAAUUGGCGUCACUGCUCCAAGGUUCCCCACAUUUCCCAAUUUUGGCGAGGCGAUCUAAUGGUUGAAGCCGGGUGUUCUCAUACACUGAGAUCGUUCAGAAGUACUUGGCCAUCUACGUCAUCGAGAUAAUCAAAAAGUGCUUCAAGUCUAUAUAAAUCAGUAGCGGCUGCUGCAAACAAUCGUUAACUCUGACUACAUGACAAUCAAAUCCUAAUACUCAUAAGCCCGCCUCAAGUCUCUAAUCAAGUACCCGGUUUACUUAUCAUCUGCAAUACCACCAUGUCCAACAUCAUGAACCCUAUCGACGACCCAUCAUACAACGUUGACGCGACUGAGCAAGCCUUUGGUACCAACCGUAUGUAUCCCAACCACGGUGCCAGUGCCUAUAACAAUGCGCCUGUCGGCAGCAACUCCCACGGAAAUCUUUCUCAAUCCAUCGCUUCGGCCAAGCCACAGUCGGGUAGCUUUGGUAAUGCCCCAAGGGGAGCCACUAAUUCAUAUAACACCUUCGGCACCUCAACUACCCAUCCGUUGAGACAAGAAACAUCAUCGAUUUCAAACAUUGCAUCGCCUACUACAACCCUGGGUACAAGCACCGGUCAUGGUUUCCAGGAAGAUCUUUCCGAUCAAUCGGCUCGACACAACACCAUCGGUUCAUCGACAAAGCUCAACGAUGGAUCCCGUGGUGAGCUCAUGGAUCAUUUACCAUCAGCGGACUCUCGUCUAGGACACAUGAAAGAGAAUAUAGAUACUCCACGAGGGGAGACCAAUCGUGACAGCGCCCGGCUGGCUCAAUAUAGCACUCCAUCGACACAGCUCAGUCGUGGAAGUCAUCCCUCAGACCAACUGUCAUCUUCGAGAGAGCCUCAUCUAGGACAUAUGACAGCGAGCACGGGAACUCCAUGUGCGGAAACCAACCGUGACAGCGCUCAAGCAGCUCGGUACAGCACCGGUGCGUCGAAAGAGCUCGACAGUGGAAGCCAUCCCUCGGAUCAAGUAUCGCAUUCGAGAGAACCUCAUCUGGCGCACGCGACACAAAGUAUCGAUACCCCACGUGCUGGAACCGACCGUAACAGCACCCAGGACGAACAGCACAACAUCAUACCCAGUGACGAUACCGCCGAUCUCAGAUCGGCAUCUCGCGGUACUGGAGCACGGACGGCCAACGGUGCUGCCAGCUCGCGAAGCCAUGGUGAGGUCAAAGAUGAAGCAAGCUCUUCUGCUGAGAGAACAAAGGACCGCAUGGAGGGGAACUUGGACAGCGAUCUGAACGGAGAGAAAGUGAACGGCAUUGCAGGUGUGAUUCCUAUUUCCGGCAGUGCUGGCCCGACCACCACAAAGACGUUCAACCCCCAUGCUACAGUAGACGGCAGCAACCAUCACAACACCGCCACUCAGCCUUCCAACCCAGCAGAGACCCGCAACGGCGACAUGGAGCACAGUCCACGAGACGUCCGUACCCAGUCCUCUAACAUAGGUAGCAGUAGCUACAAUACCCCGGGUAGCGGUCACGCACAGAGCACGGCCGAGCCCUUGGAGAGCCACAAUCCGCGAAAAGGUAGCGUUGGUAUGACGUCAGAUGUGAAGAGUUCCGAGGCUUUCGGUUCUCAGCGAGCUGCAUAGGUGGAUGCAUAGAUUAUAUGUUGUAUAGCUAGUCUUACCUUGUACCCUGGAUAUGACCAUUGCAAUGAAUGUAAAUAUUUUGCUUGUGUGCGCGUGGAAUGCUAGUUAGCAGUCAAGUGUGCGUUUGAGUCGAC